AUGCAAUAAAUAUUGAGGAAGAUUGAUGAAUUGUAAGAAUAAAUUUAUCAUUAGACUAAUCUCAACAAACGUGAUCUUUAGCUGAAUAAAUGAAUGAAACAACCUAGCAAUUGUAUGAUUACAUUCAAAAAAUUAGUGUAAUGGGUUAAUAACUUAGUUUGAUAACUGGUUUUAUAAAUCAUAUUAGAAAAAAUUGUUAAGAGUAGAGGGAUAAAUAAAUCAAAUGAAAGUUCAACUAAAUACUAUGGGUUAUGAUUUUACAUUUUUGAGUGGAAAAUCUGUUGAAUAAUUAUUUUAAUUUUGAAAAAGGAAAGUAUCGAAAAAAGCAGAAAAUGUUAAGUCUAUCUAUGUGCCAUCAAAAGCUUAAGAGAAAGGGGAAUAUAAGCUCUGUAAUUUGAUGACCUUUAAACUAUUUGAUGACAAAGUAGGAGAAGUGAAUGAAUUUUAUAAGAAGAGGAAACAGUACUGCUCAUUCAUGAAAUAGGUGGAUCAGGCAAAAGUACUACAGCUACUAAAAUUGAAGGGUUUAUUUGCAUAGCAGUAAUUAGUUAAUUAUGUUCUAAACCCUUUUUUUAAGCAGUAGAAUUUUGUCAAAUAUUUCGAAAGAGUUCUUAAUUACUUAAUACUUAUUUAUAUGGAUAAAAUUCAAUAAAAAAAGUAUUUAAUAAAGAUAAAAAAUGAAAUAGAAAAGAAUCUUAAAGACGUUACCUUACUUGCAAUUUAAAAAAAUAACAAAAAUUUUAAAAGAAGUAAGAGAAGGAGAAGCACUUAAUUAAAUUUUGAAAAUAAUCAUUUAAAUUAAUUUAUACAUCAAAAUUUUUAUAUAUCAACUUUAUCUGUAUGA